AUGGGUCCUGGCCCGGCAACUCCCCACCCUCGAGUCCUUGCCGCCGCUUCCCUGCCUCUCGUCGGCCACAUGCACCCGGAGUUCCUCACAGUCAUGGACGAGGUGAAGGCGUGGCUGCAGUACACCUUCCAGACGCAGAACCCGUUCACCAUCGCCGUCAGCGGCUCCGGACACGCCGCCAUGGAGGCUGCCGUCGCCUCUGUGGUGGAGCCUGGCGACGUGGUGCUGAUCGGAGUGAACGGCAUCUGGGGCGAGCGCAUGACGAUCCUGGCAGCGAGGUACGGCGCUGACGUCCGGAAGAUGGAGGCAGCACCGGGGAAGGUGUUUUCCGUUGCUGACGUGGAGAAGGCUCUGGCGGAUAACCCGGGCGUGAAGGUGGUGUUUGUGGUGCACGGGGAGUCGAGCACGGGGACGCUGCAGCCUCUGGAAGGGUUGGGGGAGCUCUGCCAUAAGAAUGGCGCGCUGCUGUUUGUAGAUGCAGUGUGCACGUUGGGAGGGAUCCCUCUGCACGUGGACGAGUGGGGUGUGGACGUCAUUUACAGCGGCUCCCAGAAGUGCUUGUCUGCGCCUGUUGCCCCGUCACCCCUCUCUCUCAGCGAGAGAGCCCGUGCGAAGCUCGCCAACCGCUCCACGCCUGUCCAGUCUUACUACUUCGAUAUGAACCUGGUUGGGGAGUAUUGGGGAGUGGAUGGCCAACCCCGCAAGUACCAUCACACAGGCCUGGUGACAAAUGUUAACGCCAUGAGGGAAGCACUUGCCAUGCUGGCCGAGGAGGGUCUGGAGAAUGUGUGGCAGCGCCAUCGCAGCCAGGCCGAGCUCCUCUGGGCAGGGCUGCAGGAGUUGGGACUGGAGUUGUUUGUGGAGGACCACGAUUCUCGCUUGCCCACUGUGACAACAGUGAAGGUUCCUGAAGGAGUGGAGUGGACUAAAGUCACAGGCCAUCUGAUGUCGAAGUUCAACUUGGAAAUAGCGGGAGGACUUGGUCCGACUGCUGGCAAGGUGUGGCGAAUUGGUCUCAUGGGGAACAAUGCCCGCCCCGCAAAUGUAGCUCUUCUUUUGGAGGCUCUGAAGGAUGCACUUGAACAUGCAGGGUUCACUCCCAAGAAGGCGACUGCUUAG